GUGAUUAUUUUGUUAUCUUUAUUUUAUUUCGUUUUUAACUUUAUUGUCGCCUUUGUUUUAUUUGUUGUUUUUUCUUCUGCAAAAGUCAUUUUUUUAUUGCUCUUGUCGUCUUAUCAUCUAAACGUGAAUUAAUAUUCUUGACACUGAAAUAUUACACACCAGACUCAUCUAAUGGACAGUAUUUUUGGCACUACCCGACCUCCAUACCUCCAGCUGUUGACUCACAGAGUGCUGCUCGAGUGCCACCUUCCUGCCGUUUCUUCUUCUUCUCUGACAGUAAAAGUGGGCAGAGUUGUGAUGGAGGGCGUCCCUCCUCCUGGUUAAUAAGUCCUCCCCUUCCAUUCGCCUCUGACCUCCUGAGGCACUCAGGCAGCAUGCAGCAAAUGUUCCCAUCAGACCGACCUGCAGCAGCAGCAGCAGCAGCAGCCUCAGCUCGCCACACCGCACGCUGCCUCGCCAUCACUCUAACUAACGCUCACCUUUAACCCGACCACACCUGGAGGACUGCUGCAGCUGGACUUCUUCUUCUUUUACACCUUCAGGAGUUUAUAAACUGAGGAACUGUGGAUGUGUUUUGGCUCGUAGGGAUUUUUUACACCUGGAUUGUUCUUUAUUUGAGGACUGGAAAGUUUGAGAAACUUUUAUCUGUUUUUUUUUUUUUUCCCGUGUGGGUGAGACACUUCUGUGGGAAAGAAGAUGUUCUGCUCCAGGCGAGUCCUGCAACAGUGGUGCUUCGCUGUGUUCCUGCUCUGCUCUCCGGUGCCUCACUAUGGACGCCCCAUCGAUGCCCUCAGCAACCGAAUAAAGCGGUCUGUGACUCACGCCCAGCUGAUGCACGACAAAGGCCGGACGCUGCAGGACUUUAAGCGUCGCAUGUGGCUGCAGGAGCUUUUGGACGAAGUCCACACGGCGGAGAUCCGCGACCUCCCGGCCCGGACCACCGCGGGAGGAGGAGGCGGGAGCAGCAGCGGCGCCGGCGUCGUCGUCGGGCUGCCGGGGGUCGGCCUGGGCAUCAACCUGAGCACCACCGGCAGCACGCUGCACUCCAAACCGCCCGGAGGAACCAAGAACCUCCCCAUCAGCUUCAGGCUGGAAGAGGAGGAGGGGGGCACCAACCUGCCGCAGGAGACCAACAAGUCUCAGACGUACAAGGACGGCGCGCUGAAAGCACCCGGCGGCAAGAAGAAGAAGAAGGGCAGGUCCGGGAAGAGGAGGGAAGGGGAGAAGAGGAAGAGGAGGGCGCGUUCGUUGGGCUGGAGGCUGGAGGACGAACCGGGGAGCGGACUCCACCUGGAGUGGAGGUCGCUGCUCGGCCUGCAAAGGGCGCUGCUUUAAAACGCUGUCAGUCUCUGACACAGAAAGCUACGGAGGGUCGGAGUGAACUCCUAAACGCUCACCUUGCAGGCUUCUGUAACCGUGAUUGUUUGGAAAGAAAUUGGAAAAUAUUUAUUGUCUGUAAAUAUUCUAAAUAUAGCAGAAUAGAUAGCAGAAUAUGAUAAAAAACAAAAAACUUAUUUGAUGCUCUGUGAGGCAACAGAUUUCAAUCUUUGUGAAUCCUUGCUUUUUUUUUCUUUUUUUUAUUCCAAAAUGUCAGAUUUGUUUUGCGGUAAUUUAUUUCGUCUGAAUGGUGUAUUUAUUUUGUAAAUGUAUCGAGGUGCUGCUGACCUUCUAUAUUUUUGUACCAUAAUGCACUUUAGAUAUAUAAAUAUAAAUAUAUAUACCAUUAAUUUAGUUUGUUGUUUUUGGUGGUCGAUUGAAAUGAAGAAGAAAACGACGGUCUGAUUCUCUGACCUCUCGCUCCGUUAACGUCCAGUUCUUCGGUUUCUCUGCUGCUGGUUUUUAAUCGGAUGUUUCCGGCUGAUUGUUGUCGUCUCUCUCUUGCUGUGUUGGAUCCUCCUGAUGUUUCCUCCACCUCCCGCUCUGCUUCUCAACACCAUCCUUCAUACUUGUACAUACAAACCAAACACGGCUCCAUAUUGUUGUUUUUGCCACUUGCACUGAGAUAAAGACCCUGUACUGAACGGAUUAAACCAUUGACAGUA